AUGACAAAUGAAGUAACUGACGGCCUACAUGCAGGAAACAUCACCUUCCUGAUCAAGUACACUGUCGGUCCCAACAUACCCGCUUCCCAGAUCUCAAUCACUGUCGUCGAUGUCCGCGGCCACAAUGAUUGCGAAGUCGGUCACAAGGCAACUGUAUGCAUCCACUACGGCCCAGGUGACUUUACAGUCAUAGUGCGGAAGCAAGUCAAAUGGGGCCAGAAUGUUGUACAGGCACUCGGAGAGAAGGUGGAUAAGGCUGUCAGAGAGAUCCUGAAGAACGAGGGGGACGAUGGAUAUGGAGACUUCAAGGACUAG